AUAAGAAUGGCUGUCUGACCGACUCCUUCAUAGAAAACCCUAAACUAAUUUCCUAGCGCAUUUAUAUAUAUAUAUAUAUAUAUAUAUGUGUGUGUGUGUGCGUGUGGGGGUAUGCGUGUGUAGAGUAUUGUCACUCCAUGUUAAGUAUUCAAGCUUGAUUCGAAGUUCGACAAUGUCUCCAGCGGAACCCAUCUGAGAGUAAUGGCAAUGAGCCAGCAGUGCUGUCACUACCAGCUCAGCGUAGACCUUCUGUAAUUGACAGGGCUUCGUGGCAUUCUUCACUGUCUUGUUUUGCCACAGAAUGAGCAUUUGGUUUUCUUCUCACUUCUUGAGAUAAAAUAGAAUGUAACAUUCUCUGUUACACGGAAUAAAAAUACAGCAUCGCAUGGCCACAAUGGAGAAGGGUCCAGAGCCUGUCAAUGAUUUCUGGAGUUUAGGUUGAGAUUCGAAGACAAACCUGUACUGCCAAGCGUGCCGAUGAGAGAGUUAUAUUGAUUUCGGGAAAGUAGGGUUGCGGUUGCAAGGGAACGAUUCUGCAGGGGUCUGCCAAUGCAAAAUCCGCAGGUCAAUGGAGUGGUGAUGAUUGACAAAGACUUUCCAGUUCAGGAGAAAUUCUCUUCUGACAGGUCUGGCAGUGUCCAUUUUGUGUGAAGAUCUUUGCAGAAGCAAAAUACUUGGUAAAGCUCAAAUUUGGACUGAUCAGUAAUUUCACUGAUUUGCUCGUUUGAUUGGCUCUUGAAUAUCUUGCUGUUGAGAGGCAGUUACAAGACUUGGGAGAUGACUACCUUGUAGGAUAUGCAUAAGGUCGCAAAGCAUGGCCCCAAAGUGGCUGGGCACACAUUGGUGGAAUUGGCGUCCAGAGUUUCACAAGCUGCUGCCCAUGAUCAAAAAAAACUUCUAUGUGCUGAGUUGGCAGCAAUGAAACAGGUCAAAGCACUUGAGGACGAGUUGCGUAACAGCAUUGUUCAGAUCCGGGAGGCGGAAGGCCAAAUUGCCAUGCUCCAGGCACAGCUGGGGCAGAGACAGGAACAAAUAACGAGGAAAACCGUGGAGGAGAGAGCUGACCCAGCUCAAUGUAAACAAGAGCAGAGGCUUGACCACUUGGAGACCAAGAUUGAGAACCUGGAGAAACAAGUCAUCAAUCUUCUUCAGGCAAACCAACGGCUUACUUCGGAGCUGGGAAAAGAAUGGGUAGAGAGAACACGAGAAUUGGCUUCUGGGCCUACCUCGGGGCACGCAAAGGAAUGUCAGACGUUUCAGUCGGAAUGGUUGUUGCAGAAUGAUGAGGGAAUAAUGGAUAUUUGUCAUCUUCAGGGGAAAGUUGAGAAUCUGACAAUCAAUCCACCUAUGGCUGACGUUAGUGACAGGACACCCAUUUGUGCACAAGCUUUGUGGGGGAAAGAAAGAGCUUGUGCAGCUUAUCCUGGUACUCAAUGCGCACCGUUGGGACAUUCUUCACCAUCGCGGCGGCUAAACUCUUUAGAAGAAGCCCCCGCCUCCUGUAGUGGGAAGAGACGUCUGCCUCGAAGGGAACUCAGAAAUCACACAGAAAUGGGCUUUGAGAAUUGGAACGCAGUCUACGCUCAAGCCCAAGCGCAUGCUCAUUCUCGUCCUCAUUCCUGCAUCACUGAUUGUAAAGGUGAAGACAAGAUCAUGAAGAGCUACAUCCAGUCGACGCAGCAAGAUGAUUGUAGGUGUAGCUCGACCUCCAGCUGCGAGUCUGACGACACCCCACCUAUUAGAAGAACAAAAAUACGCAAACAGAAGCGAAAAGUGAAGAGAAAAGCUUUGCAAAGAGGUCGACCUCAAGGAAGGCUGGCACACACAUCAGAAGAUAGCGAUAGCACGACAAGCAGUUCAGAAACCCCACCACGGCAGAGGGGUAAUUGUAAGAAGAGUAAAUCGCCUCCAAGAAGAAAUACUCGAGCAUAUUCUCUGACGAAAUGCCCAAGCAAUAGUAUGCAAGAAUCGAAGCUGCUGCAAUUCAGUCGCUGUCGAUCCAACGGUGUUUCUCUUGGACGUGCUCCACUACCGGAGAAUCGCGUGGAAAACUCUGAAGUCGACCCGUGGGGCAGUGAUGAUGACGAUAUGCUGCUUAGGUGCUGCCCAAGGGGAAGAGUUGCAACAAAACUAUCAGGGUACUAGCAUGUUCUCAAAAUGACCGACAACAGGUUUGUAAGCUCAGUGGGGUACUCCAAGUCUUGAUCUCGAAUGCUCUACCAAAAAAGAAGUGAUAGAAAGGCCUACCAGGAAAUACACAUUAGGAUUUGGUAAAAAACCAGCCUUUUUUCCGCGUUAUGAGGAAGAGAGACUCUUUGAUGUCCACAGGACCUGUUAGUAAUCACAUAAUUGAAAUCAGUAUCUUGAGUACAUUUCCGGGAGUUUAUCACAGAUUGUGCAAGUUCUGGGUUCUGAAUAACUGAAGCCCUGCACCAAAUUACUGAAUAAGUAUGCAGAGAGUGAUUAUUAUUAA